CUCCUGUUGGUUCCUGUCGGGUCUGGACCGGGCCUGAAGAUGGGUCUCCUCAUUCAGCGUUUCCUGUUGGUUCUGCUGGUUCUGGGAGCUGACGUGAUCAUCAGCCUUCGAGCUCAAGAGGCCGGUGUGUCGGAGGCGUGGAGCGGGAAGUCCUGUAAAUGUGACUGCGAUGGAGGAGAGUCUCCCACAGAGGUUUCCUUCCUGGGUGCUGGCGGGUCCACAGUGAGAGGAUUGGACUGCAUGCCCGAGUGUCCGUAUCACAAGCCUCUUGGAUUCGAGGCAGGAUCCGUGGACUCAGACCAGAUCUCCUGCUCCAACCAGGACCAGUACACUGGCUGGUUCUCCUCAUGGCUCCCGAGUAAGGCCAGGCUCAACAACCAGGGCUUCGGGUGUGCGUGGCUCUCCAAGUUUCAGGACAACAGUCAGUGGCUGCAGAUCGACCUGCAGGAGGUGACGGUGGUGUCGGGGAUCUUGACUCAGGGCCGCUGCGACGCUGACGAGUGGGUCACCAAGUACAGCGUUCAGUACCGGCUGGACGAGAAACUCAACUGGAUCUAUUACAAGGACCAAACGGGAAACAACCGGGUGUUUUAUGGAAAUUCUGACCGCUCGUCUUCGGUCCAGAACCUCCUGCGGCCGCCCAUCGUGGCCCGUUACAUCCGCAUCCUCCCUCUGGGCUGGCACACCCGCAUCGCCCUGCGCCUGGAGCUGCUGAUCUGCAUGAAGAAAUGCUCCUGAUCUCCCUCCAGACCCUCCCCUCCUCACAGCCUGCUCCCCUGAACGUGUCGGAUGUUUGAUUUUAUCCUCGUGAUCCUAAAAUACUCGACCCCAAACUCUUUCCUGAACAAGUGACAUGCUCCUAUUGAACGUGAUCUGUUUGAUGUGUACUUUCAUUCAGCCCUCGCUGCAUUGUCUGAGCUGAAGCGGCCUCCCGCUGACGCUUUAAUUGAACACUUUCUCAAUGGAUCGCUCCGUUUGGAGCAAGAUGGCAUAAACUCAAAGCAAUAAUUAGAAGGGAAGGCGUUGCCAUGGAGGCUGAAACAUUUGUGAUAUUUUAUUAAAUCUAACACGUUGGACUCACUCGUUAACCCUUUACAAGAAAUGGCUAAAUCGCAUUGAUGCAUCUAAACCACUUUUUUCUCCAAUGUCUUGUUUGCUUUAAUUCUAUUUAAUUUCCAAACACAUUUAAAACAGACAACUUUUGAAGACGUUUUCAGUCCUUUGUUACAGGGAACAGGAGGACUCGGCUGGAAUAAUCUGGAGCUAAAAAUAAUCCAUAAAUGUUCCAGAUCAUCAUCUCGUCUUUUGUCCUACAUCACCCUGAAGUUCCUGAACUCAUCACAGAAAGUGAGUCCGCCCUUCUUCAGGUUAGGGAUAGAUUUAAUACGCAUUUAAACGUUUGUUCUGCUGGUAUUUUAGCUAAAUGUGCUCAACCUGAAGUGUUGCUGGUGUCUGGACGACAGCAGAGCAGCUGAAACCUGAAGAUAUGAACUUUGUUUACUCCAGGGGUGUCCAAACUGCUGGGCCAAAACUGAGUAGAUGAAAAACAAAAAUGGAAAUAAAGAU